CGGAAUAUAGUGACAGGAUUAGCUGUAGUAAGCAAAGUAAUUGGUGUUCCUUGCCAAACUCAGCUCGCUGUCUGCUGUCUUCAUUUGUCAUGCAUUCUAAAAGCUUCGCCUUUGGGCUGCUGCUCUUCCUUCUCAGCCCUUGCCUAAUCUUUGGCGUGGCUCUCUAUGCAAUACACUGUGCCCCAUGCACUGCAGAAAAGCUUGCAUUGUGCCCACCAGUGCCUGCCAGCUGCUCUGAAACUACCCGACAGCCACGCUGUGGCUGCUGCCAUAUUUGUGCCCUUCAGCUAGGGGAGCCGUGCGGAGUGUACACAGCACGCUGUAGUCGAGGUCUCAGUUGCCGUGUUCAUCCUGAGGAAGCCAAUCCUCUUCGUGCUCUCACCAAUGGGCAAGGCACCUGCAUACCCACCAGUGAUGUGACAGAGCUUACAGAGUUUGUUGAACGAGAAGACAUUCCCGCUGAAGACACUGAUGUGGCAGCUGACCAUUUGCACAACUAUCAACUUAUGUUUCCUGUCGACCAAGAAAAAUCUGUCUCUCAGAAUGCAGUUAGUGUUUAUGAAAGCAUGAAAGCAAAGAUACUUGCUGAACCUAAGAAAUGGAAAGCACAGGGCCCAUGUCAGAAAGACCUCUACCGGGCACUGGAGAAGUUGGCAAAAGCUCAGCAAAGAACUGGAGGCGAGAUAUAUAGAUUUUAUCUGCCCAACUGUAACAGAAAUGGAUUUUACCAUAGCAAGCAGUGUGAAGCUUCACUUGAUGGAAAUCCUGCAACAUGCUGGUGUGUCUAUCAAAGAAAUGGGAAGAGGAUCCCUGGAUCUCUUGAAGUGUUAGGUGACCCUGAGUGUGAACAAUAUCUUGGCGCACAAGAAUAAGACCAAACAUGCAAUACAUUUUGUAUAAGUAGAUUCUGAACCAUUUGUAAGUCAAGUGCCUUAUUCUAGAACCAAGAAGACCUUUGGUAAGCAGCUUUUUAAGCAUGUUACUGUUUAAUCAGACUCAUCCUAAGCAUGCCUUUCUCUGAAGUAAAAUCUCAGUUAUCUCAGCAUGGUUUAUUCCAUGCAAACAUACACUGGAUUCUGUGGACAUGAAGAAAGUCAUUUGGUCUACAUUUCUCAGAACUUCCAAGUCAUAUUGGAUGGACUGUUAAUCCAAAGCACGGAUUUUUCAACUUCUCGGAUUGCACUCUAGCACUGGUGAUUAAGAGAAUCCGAAAACUGAAGAUUCUCACAUAGCUGGCAGUUGGCCUUCGCAGUUUCUGAUGUAUAAGUAAUUAUAACUAAACAAGUCACUUUUGUAGUCUGUCUGCUUUAAAAGUGAUUAUUUAUUUUACCUUUUUUACAAUUUUAUUUGUCUAUUAAGUUAUAUAUCUAAAUUCUUCAACACUUUGUAUGUAAAUAAUGUAAUCUUAGUUCUUUGAAAUAUUCACAUUUCUACAUUUCACAUUUCAAACAGCAUCAUGUCCCAGUUAAUCAUGGAUUUUGUAUCAGAUAUUUAUGCCUUUUUGAAACAUAUGUAGAAAUGGACAUGGCAUACAUACUCCAAGUAUUUAUUCAGAAACUUUUUUUUAUUUGUAUAAUGUAUUGGUUUUACAUUACCACUUUAUUUUUCAUUUCAUUGUCAAGCAGUUCUAAAUCUGAUAAAGUCAAAGUGAUUUUCAUAUACACAUCUGCUGGGAAUGCUCAAUCUAAAGGAAAUUGCCUAGUCAUUCCUUCCACUUCAGAUUAUUCACAUGCUCCUGAAGCAUGGAAUUGCAUCAUCACCCCGAAUUAUUUCCCACAUUAAUAGGCAUUUGAAUGAAAGGCACCAUGUCAGAGACAAACCUGUUUCAGUUUUUUCACAAAUGCACUGGCUUUGUAUUUUGUAAGAUUAUAAUAUAAAAUAUGUAAUGGGUAUAAGUGUUCAUAAGCUGACCAUGUUCUCUUAUUUAAUAUGAAUUAUUAAACCUUUUUCUUUGGAUCUUUUGCA